GCCCAAAGUGAGAUGUUCGGACGCAUUUAGUAAGAGUUACACCGCGUUCCACAGCACAAAACGCCACUGUUUAGUAUUUGGUGACACCCGCGAGAGGUUUACAUCAUAAGUAACCGGGUUCACUGAUGUGACCUUAGGUGAUUUUCGGGCGCGAUAUCCGGUGAAAUUGAUCUUUUGAAGAAUUUUCAGAUGUUUCCCGCCAAAAAUUCAUCAAUUCAGAGUGGCAAUUUGAUAUAUGUGUGGAAUGGGUUUACAGUGAGAAUGGCUCAAGAAGGACUUUAAUGCGUGGGUGGUGAUCUCUCCCAUUCACAUCUCUGUUCGUGACAUGAAUUUUUCCUUAUUAAAGUCAUGUCAAGUCAUCUCACUGUCUCACAUUAGUCACGCAGAAGAUCCUUACUUUCGAGCGAAACGAAAUGCCUGAAAGGCAAUCAAGUGUAUGUAGCUCUAUUCACUUGUGACGUCACUUUUUCACACCCAACUUCAUCAAUCUCCACUUCCAUAAUUCCAACCUCUCUAUUGCUAGUGUCUCAAAGAAACUAAUAAGAAAAGUGAUCAGAAAAUGAAGAAUCUUCCAGAAAAGUCCAUCGAAGUGUUGUGAAAAAAUUUAUAAAGCGUAAAUUACCGCUCUAAAUUGUAAUUAACAUUCAUAGUUAGUGAGUGAUUUGGUGUUUGUCAAAGGAAACCAUCUAACAAUGUUCAAUCAAUGGAUUUACACAGUAAUCUGCACUGGAAUUAUCUCCACAGUAAACCCAAUGAGCAGCACAACAACCACCAGUCGCAAUAUUGAAGAUGAAAAUGUGCCUCUGGUACUGUCGGAAGCAGUCCAGGGUUCCAUUGGACGGUUGCCGUGCAACGUGACGCCACCCAUACUCGAUGAUAAAGUCAUCUUGGUAAUUUGGUACAAGGACGGCUACACAACGCCAAUCUACAGCUUUGAUGUGCGCAAAUCAAAGUUUGAAAAGGGAGCUCACUGGGUGGACGAGAAAAGCUUCGGAGGACGAGCUUUUUUCCAGGCCGCUGCGCAACCUGCCUCAUUAACCAUAGACUCAACUAAAAGUUCCGACUCGGGAACGUAUCGAUGUCGUGUUGAUUUUCACAAGAGUCCAACAAGGAAUGCACGAGUCCAAUUAAAAGUUAUUAUUCCACCAGAGAAACUGCUGAUGCUGGAUGAAAAGGGUGCUCAUAUUCCCCACUACAUUCUGGGACCAUACAAUGAAGGUGCUUCCGUCAACAUAACUUGUGUCUCGAUUGGUGGUCGACCACUGCCAAACGUCACUUGGUGGCAUGAAAGCACUUUGUUAAAGAGCCAUUCAAUUGUAUUGUCAGAUAAAAGGGUUAAGAAUAUUCUUCAAUUGGAGAAAUUGCAAAGGAGCCACCUUCACAUGGUAUUAACCUGCCAAGCAUCUAAUAAUAAUGUCACAACACCCAUUAGCUCAUCAGUGACAUUGGAUUUAAACCUACGACCAUUGCGGGUGAAGUUGCUAGGUGAGAAUCGACCAUUAUCGGCAGAUAACACAUACGAGCUGUGGUGUGAGGUGGCAGGGGCGAAGCCAGCACCAACGAUAACAUGGUGGAAGGGGAGUAUGCCGAUGAGGAACACCAGAGAAUUAACUAGUCCAGAUACUAACGUAACGACAUCGAUACUAAGCUUUACUCCUACCAUCGAUGAUCGGGGGAAAUAUCUCUCAUGUCGUGCAGAACAGCCACUUAUUUUGGAAUCUGGUAUCGAGCACGGAUGGAAAUUGGACAUUUACCAUAUUCCCGUUGUUACUCUGGAAUUUGGUACCAACUUGAACACAACAUCGAUUCGCGAGGGAGCAGACGUCUACUUCGAGUGCAACAUUAAAUCCAACCCAUGGGUAUAUCGUGUCAGCUGGAGACAUAAUGGCAAGCUUUUGGACAACAAUAUUGCUGAAGGCAUUGUGGUGGCUAACCAGAGUCUUGUGCUUCAGAACGUUAGUCGGGCUCGUGGUGGUCUGUACACUUGUGUGGGAAGUAACCGUGAGGGAGACGGAGAAAGCAAUCCAGUGACACUGGACAUAAAGUUUCCGCCAAUUUGCCGACCCGGCCAGAUGAACAGUUACAGUGCAGCAAGAAAUGAGUUGGUGAAGAUACCAUGUGAAGUAGAAGCAAAUCCGGAUGACAUUAAUUUCACAUGGAAAUUCAACAGCACCCAAUUCGAGUUCCUGGACAUACCAACAUCCGUUAUCGCAUUCGAUCAUGCCAGAAGUACUGCCCACUAUUUGCCACGUACAGAGCAUGAUUACGGGACCCUUUUGUGCUGGGGAAGCAACGAUAUUGGCGCUCAGGCUGAUCCCUGUGUCUUUCACAUAAUUCCAGCAGGUCCUCCGGAUCCACCGAACAACUGCACAGUGCUCAACAUAACUUACGACAUGAUCCAGGUAGAAUGCAUCGAGGGCUUUAAUGGGGGCCUCCAGCAGAGCUUUUUCGCUGAAGUUUACUCAUCAGAAGCUCGUCAACUGGUGACAACUUCAAAGUCUCGAUUACCCUACUUUGAGAUUCGUGGCCUACAAUCUGGAAUCGAAUAUAUACUGCUUUUUGCUGCAACCAAUUCAAAAGGUACUAGCAAGUCAGCUCGACUGAAUGCCUAUACAUUGAAAAAUCCUGAAAAGCAGACUGACCUAGCACUUGGUGCUCCUGUUAUCGAAGAUAUGAAGCCAUUUCUGGCUAUUCUGUUGGGAAUUGUGGGUGGUUUAGUCUUCAUAGCUUUUGUUAUUGUGUUUAUUGUGAGGCUCAGGGGAUCUAGUGGCAGGGAUCACAAUAACUGUACUAGCCACAUUGCCCCCAGUUUGUCCACAACAACAACUACUAUGAGAAAUUCAACACAUCCGUCCCAGAUGGAUGGACUCGAUCCGGGACGAGAGUCUUGUGAUAGUCUGGACAGUAUGGAAAAGAAUCCUGACAUUAUUCCUCAAGGUCCCAAGCCAUCACUGUCAGACCGAGAGGACGAAGAGAAGGGUUUCGAGUGGAUCAAUAAUACCGCUCACCCUCGACUAUAUGCAACAGCUGCCCUUGCUGAACAGAAUGGCUUGAACACACUGGGCAGCUACGAAAGGAUGGUGACGUAUCAAACCGCUCUUCCUGGAUCCCAAAACUUCCUGCCACCGACUACUUACAGCACAAUGCGACCAGUAGUCACAAGUAUGGCUCAACAGCAAAAUUUGAAUGACCAUCUCACAUAUGCAGAUUUGUCUCUGAUGAAAAGGCCACCCUAUACUACUGCUACUCUGGGCAGACCGCGUCACGGUGAUCUAAAACGUCAACACGAGCCAACGAUUUACGCUCAGAUUGAUUUGGCCAGAAAUCCCAGCUACACCCAUCACAGCGUCUAUGGUACGAAUACAAUUUCCCGACUGCCGCCCACAUCGGUCAUGUCUCAUCCAUCACAAAUGACAACGUUUCCACCUCCGGCGCCCUUUGCGAAUAAAACACUCCUGACAACAAACAACAUGACAGAUGGGCUAUGCUCAAAUAAUGCGAAAAAUCCCACCCGGAAAAUGUGUCCUGAAAGCGAGAUGGGCACAACCACCUUAGAUAGGUCAUCAGCAAUUGCAUCACCUCCGCCUGAGGCCUCCACAAAUUACACCACACGUUUCUGACACAAGUAAAUCCAUCUCCUCGCAACAACAAAACCAGACUGACUCGCAAAUCGUCACUUUGGGAGGAGACUGCUGAUCCCAUUGUAACUAUACAAUAAAUUUUGAGGUAAAUAUACAAUUAAAUGAAGUUUAAACUGAAGAUGCCAGUGUUUUGUAAUAAAAGAAAAAUGUACUGUAAUAAUAAAACAGAUAACAUACUAAAAUCAUUCCAUAAUCAAAAAUAAGAAAGAAAAACAAGGAAUAGAGACGAUAGAUCGCAAAAAAUCCAGAGUCUCUUUAAUUAAUAUUGUCUGUAUAAAUGAAAACGUGUAAAAUGCAUUUUUAUCCAUCUAAAUGGCUCAAUUUCAUAAUACCUUUGACUUUAUUAUCUUCUAUAGAUAUUUAUGGAAAUAUAGUGAAAGAGAAAAAUAUAAAUUGAAAAUGUCCAUACGGUUUUUAUGUCCAUUCACUAUUCCCUUUGUUAUCCUUUCUAACGAACACGCAUCAGUAUCCCAAAAUAAUUCAGGAGAGAAAUUGACACGAAGCACGAAAAAAAUAGAAUAACAAAAAAAUGUUAAAUGUAAAAAAAAACAAGUUCUAACUGAAUAUGUAUCGAAAUGCAGGGAUUUGAAAUAAAAAGUCAAUCGAUUUGAGAAUGAAUCAAAA